UGUUUUGAUUUCAAAUAUCUGUUAGUAUUUUAAUUUUUCUGUUUGUUCAGCUUAAAAGUUAAAAGAGCUUACUAAUCGGAAAGCUCGAUGCGUUUUGACGGAUCAUGCAAUUUAUCGUAAGAUCCUAUUGAGAUUAAUAACCAUUUAUCCAUAAACCUGUGUGCUUGGAUCGCAGUUAUGGAGAGCAGUUCAAAUUCGGAUACGAGUCCGAGCAAACCAAAAUCUCCGUAUGUCUAUCGUCCUUGUCGGACCAAGUUGCGCGCAUGCAUAACGCCGGCGGACAUCCAUUCCAUCGACAAUGCGAUGCGCCUUCUCGUCCGCCAUCCCAAAAACCGCCACGCGAUCGUGUUUGAUGAUGCUCAGCUGAGUGGCGACGCGGUGGUGAAGAAGGCUGUCAAGCACCUUGUAGACUGGAUCGUCUCCAGUGAAAAGCGCCAGCUGAAUUCCAGAAUUCCCUUUUACCUUAAUCCGCUGUAUGGAAAACUUAGUGCGCAAGGAAACACUCCGGAAUGUGACCGCAAAUUCAUUUAUUGUGCGGCUGUGUAUCGACUGCUCCGAGCUGCUCUCCCGGAGAUCGCUGACGAUAUCGGUUUCCAUUUUACGGAAUGGAUCUGUCAUUUUCCCGAUGUGGACAGUAUCCGCCGGUUCGAUUCCACCGCAGCAGACGGGGACCAAGCAAUAAAAGAACAACUUUUACGGAUUCCCCUGCUUUCGAGGUCGGAAGAUGAAUUUGCGAGGUAUUUGGGGGUGAUGAAAGAUCUCAACCGGUUGUCGUGGGAAAUUCUGCCCAUCGACGAAAUGCGCUCUGAUACUUCGCGAAACCCUACGAAUUCUGCUCAGAAGUUUGCGAUGGAUCUCGUAGCGCCGCAGAUCUUACUAGAAGAUUGGAAUGUUAUUCGUAUGUUGUCUAGAAUUGGUCGAAUCACCGCGGAUGUUAAGUCACUGCCAGUGAGGGAAUAUUUCGAAACGACUCUGGAAUCCUUGAAAUCUCAAGAUCCUACGCGUAUUGCUGAUAUCGAAGACGGAGUCCGGACCGUGGCCACCAAAAUCUGCACAGAAACGGAGCCGUCGUGCGCCGACUGCCCACUCAAGUCGAUAUGCAAUGCGUACAAGCAGUACGUUUCGCAAGCAUCCUUUCUGUCUCUGUUCGUUCGGGCACCGCAGUACCUGAUGUUCUCCCUGGAGAAGACCUGUCAAGACGGUAAAGAGUGUCUUUUGUGCUCAGUGGUUCCGGAUAGCCGGAUUACAAAGGGAUCCGCUAGUAUUUCCGGAGUAACCGCUUAUCCCUGUCAGAAUCCGAAGAAGCGACUGCAUCGUGGGAUUUGUAUUGUGGAAGACCCGGAAACGCCGUCAUACUUUUUUCCUUGGGAUAACUCUACGAAUUUUGGGAACGGCUUCGACCGAGUGCGCUUAUUGCACGUGCCCAUUCCUUCUGAUAUGGCUGCAUCUUCGGAAAAAUCCCUUAGCGUUGUCCGCGAAUCUGUGCAGGCUUUACUGCAGUCUGCCACGGAGAUUGCGAUCAAGCGGAUCCCACAGUAUGAUUACGUUGAUGAAACUGGCGAGGAUGAUGUUCUGAUUUCUUAUUUCUACCAUGUCCGGGUUGCGAAAUCCACAUGUCCAGCCAGUAUUUGUAGAGUGGGACGCUGGAAAGAGGCUAAUGAUGUGGAAAUUCUAAAACGCGAUUUUCACCCUGACUUUUGGAAAGACUUCAGCCGCUACGUUUAUUAUCAGCAAAUUUCGACGUCCGAGAGAAAAAAUAAGAUUAAGGGCAAAAAAAUGGCUGAUAUUCCUGAAAAUGCCAAGCUGAGAGCGUUGUACGAGGCUGCCAUGAAAAAACUUGGCACAGUUCGAUAUCCUGAUUAGGACAGUAGGAAGACGGAAACUGAUUGCAUCGCACCUUCAUGAAAUUCUUCAUCUGUGAUAACUGUUUUUACAUGUUGUACUGUAUUAGUUAAAUUUAAAUUUUGGAAAUCAACAGUUUGGAUUGUAAACGCGGCUGCGCGCUUCUCUUUGGAAACAGUUAGCUGCUUGUACCGUUUUACUGUUUUUCGGAAUGCCGGUUCGAAGCCAAAAGAAGUA